UGUUGUUCGACCUGAUGGCCAAUCAAUGACUUCGAUAUGAGAGGGGCGCGAGACAAGGGAUAAAAUCUACGACAAGGCACGACAAUGAUAUACUUGCGCAAUACUGCUACAGUGUACUACGAAAACCCAGCUGCUCUUGAAUUGAACAUCACUACAAAAUCAGUGAUAUAUAUGCGCGCAAAAAUGAAUGAGUCGAUGAAGAGGUUGCUUGAUGCAUACGCAGGGUGAUAUGGGGCAGUGCGGUCUCUACCAUGGUUGCACCCUCGCUUGAACGAACCUGACAGUGGAAAAGUCGCCUAUGUUGGUUUUUGAGCUUGUUCCAACGUGCCCAAACAAGUUCUUUCGAGAAAUCCCCAUAUCAAGAUCGAAACAAUCUCCAAGGAGGACACAGCGUGACUACCGCUAUAAAGCACUACCAGCUACCAUCAACCGCGCGAAGAGGCCGCUCACCCGAAGAAAUGGUGCACCGCGACUCUGCUAGCACUGAUAUUGUCGAUUACUGUAUACGCGGCGAGUCUAACCACCUCUAUGAAGAACCAGAUGUCGACGAAGACAUCGUAUAUCGCGUUAUUCCCGGAGAUGUAGUCACGGACGAAGAGCUGGAAAUAUGCGCUGGCAACUUCUCUUCUGAUUACGGCGUGUGGAGUUGGAGAGCACAUCUUGUAAUGGGAAUGAUGGCCGAGUAUGGCAAACCAAUACAUAUGAGUCGAGUUAGGCUAAGGGCUCAAUGUCUACCUGAGGGCGCGAACAAUAUCCUAGUGACGGUUGUUACUAAAGACGAUCGGCACGUUGGGCACUGCUUUGUGAGCCAGUGGAUGCAUGGUGACGAUCGAGUGUGGUGGAUAACACAACUGCUCGUAGUGAAACGCUAUCGCAACCAGAGACGAGCUACACGAUCGAUGCUACAAGCCCUGGCCAUGCACUCCAAUAUCGGCAGAUCUACCCAAAGAGAUCUUGUCGGAAUAGCAACGGCGAACCCGUAUAGUCUUUGCGCCAUUCUCCGUGUUUUUGGUCGUGGUAUCGAAGUCCUGCCUUCGAGGCCUGAGUGGGAGAAAUGUCGCACUCGUCACACGCCGCUGCUCAGUUCCACAUGUGAGUCUAUAAUCGGCGCCGCACCAGUCAGCUAUGUCCGCAGUGCCAAACUAUCGCUGGGACAGUUGAUUGCGAACACAGGAUUAUUUGUCGAUCACGCCACAUCCGAAGAAGCGAUGAAGAGAAUCAUACACAGCAUGAAUCAGCAGAUGCCCGGGCCAUGGGAGUGGUUAUUCGGCUGCCUGGAACCUGGGCACGAGUAUGUGUGUAUCCUUGAUUAUUCCCAUGAUCAGGAAUACAAUAUGAACACGGCGCUCUGCGACACACCGUCGGUUCCGAAUGAGCCUUGUUUGGGGAAGCAUGCUACAAGCCCGUCGAUGACGCUGUUGAGAGCAGCUCUUGGCAGCUCUAGGCCGCCUGAGCAGAGCCCAAUCCCGGUUCGAUAUGCUGACAUCGAUCGAUACUUGCUCGAAGUGCCUGAGAGUUGCGUCCUCGAUCCGAAUCUUAGCAACCGUGCCCAUGCAUCCUUGCAUGGCAGUAUGCGCAAGCUCAUCUAUGAAGCCAAAGAGCUGAUUGUAAAGCAUUUGCGUCUGUUGCCCACCAUCAUGGGCGCAAAACAGAUACCGAGAGACCUUCGAAGAGUCUAUCAGACGGCGAAUAUGAUCUUCCCGUUACCAGGAGACAUACAGACAUGGAGGGACUUCGUGCCGUACGUACAUGAGAUCUACGAACACGACAUCAACGCUGAAGCUCGCAUGUUGAUCCUACAGGCGAUUCAUUUCCAGGAGCUCCGUGAAAUCGAUGAGAGAGAACAAAAAGAGAAGGCGAAGAACGCCUCGGCAUUGGCCAAAGCGACCAGGCCGAAAGAGAAAAGAAGGUCAUUGAAGGGCCCGAAGGAGAAGUCUGUGACACAACCGUCAGCAUACGCAGCAUGCUCCUUUGAAGAUCAACGCGAGGAAUUACCGGGGAAAUUGCGAGAAAAGCUUAGACUCACGCCGACAACGCCUACCAGAAGGCCUCUAGCUCCGAAGCCUCAAGGGCUGUUUAGAGCAGCCAAGGCGACAGCGAAGACACCCACAUCCACUCCUAGACCUCGGACAACAUCGAUGUUCUCAUCCAUGAGUCCCUUCAGAAAAUCGAAAGAGCCAAAGUCUCAGUCUCGAAACUCUAGCAUGGCGGUGCAGGCACACAGCCCUGCGCCAGCCACACCCGAGCAAACAGCGCCUAGACACAACUCCAGCCCAAUCGCCCAAUCCACCGUUUGGACGCCGGCUUCUGUGGCUCCCAAUACACCUAUCUCUACAGCUUUCGUUCGUCAAAGACAAGGUGAGAUACAUGUCGUAACGACACCACCCGCAACUCCACCACCCCCUCAAUCGCAGCCGAGUCUUCCGCACUACAUGGCCCCAACCGUGGACUCAAUGCAAAGGUACGAGACCCGCAGCCCUCAGCUUUUCUAUUCCGAUGAGUCUGAUGGAUGCAGUCGGUCGAAUGUCUUUGGCCGGUUUUCUCUGAAGAAUGGCGCGAAGACGAUGGAUCGGACGCAGGGCAUGAGGGGAUGA